AUCACGUCUAGCGAUACUAAAUUGUAGUUAAAAGAGGCCAUUUUAGAAUUUCCCCAAAGUUUUGGUUGCUUCUUAAGUCAGUUCUCUCCCCAAAGUAGAAAGCAAAUAAAAUCCAUUGCCAUCUGAAAAUCUUCUUUUCAAUUAAGACUGUUUAGAGAAAAAGGAACGAAAAAGGAACAGCUCAAAAUCAGAUGAUUGCUUGAAAAUAAAUUUAGGUUUCCUUGGUUGGGCUUCCAUAGAAAUGAACUCCAGUAUUACAAACAAUGGCCAAAGCAACAACGGGAAGAGCAGCAGACUUGAUGGCAUAAACCGAGAUCUAGGCUUAUACUUCUUGGAGCUAGCUCGGCUACGCUCCUCUGCGGCUCCGACGGAGAUGGAGGAGGAUGAGGAGGAGGCUCCGAAAGAGCUCAACACGAUCAAUAGCUCGGGAGGGUUCCUGGUGGUGGCGCCUGAUAAGUUGUCGGUGAAGUAUACGACUGUUAACCUCCAUGGUCACGACGUCGGUGUGGUUCAAGCUAAUAAGCCGGCUCCAGUGAAGUGUCUGCUUUAUUACUUCGAGAUUUAUGUGAAGGACGCUGGGGUUAAGGGACAAAUUGCCAUUGGAUUCACCAAUGAAGGCUUCAAGAUGCGGAGGCAGCCCGGAUGGGAAGUAAACAGUUGUGGGUAUCAUGGGGAUGAUGGAUUGCUAUAUCGUGGACAAGGAAAGGGAGAUGCUUUCGGUCCGACAUAUACAACAGGAGAUACUGUUGGUGGUGGCAUUAACUAUGCUUCACAGGAAUUCUUUUUCACUAAAAAUGGGGUGUUAGUUGGAACAGUUUGCAAGGAAAAGGAAAUGAAGGGUCGCUUAUUUCCUACAAUUGCAGUUCACAGCCAAAAUGAGGAGGUUCAUGUCAACUUUGGGCAAAAGAAAUUUGCUUUUGAUUUGAAGGAAUAUGAAGCUCAAGAGAGGUUGAAGCGGCAGAUGACUAUUGAAAAGAUAUCUCUUCCACCAAAUAUUAGUUAUGGGCUUGUUCGCUCUUACUUGCUACAUUAUGGCUAUGAAGAUACACUCAGUUCAUUUGAUUUGGCUAGUAAAAGCACUAUCCCCCCUGUCUAUAUAGCUCAAGAAAAUGGCUUUGACGAGCAGGAUAUCGGAUAUGCACUAAAUCAGAGAAAGAUUCUACGACAGCUCAUCAGGAAUGGUGAGAUUGAUGCAGCAAUUAGCAAACUUCGUGAUUGGUAUCCCCAAAUUGUUCAGGAUGACAAAUCUGCUACUUGCUUUCUGCUGCACUGCCAAAAAUUUAUCGAAUUGGUUCGGGUAGGAGCACUUGAAGAGGCUGUUAAGUAUGGAAGAAUUGAAUUGGCAAAUUUUUUUCGGUUGGCUGGAUUUGAUGAUUUAGUGCAGGACUGUGCUGCAUUGCUGGCAUAUGAACAUCCACAGGAGUCCUGUGUGGGAUACCUUCUAGAAGAGUCGCAACGUGAUCUUGUGGCAGACACAGUUAAUGCAAUGAUAUUGUCAACAAAUCCGAACACGCAAGAUAUGGAAGGGUGCUUACAGUCGUAUCUUGAGAGAUUACUGAGGCAGCUAACAGCUUGCUGUUUGGAGAGAAGGUCGGCAAAUGGGGAACAGGGGGAAGCAUUUCUUUUACGUCGUGUUCUUAACAGCUGAUGUGAUAAUGUAAAUUGAAUUCUCGUACUCAGUCCAUAUCUUCAAUAGAUGUUUGACUAAUUCCAUCCCAAUUUACAAGACCUUGUUAUAUACAGAGUAGAGAGCAUCCCUUAUUCUCUCUCAACAUGGUGCUGUUUCUCCUUGUGCUUGUAAGAUUUAUUUAUUUUCUUUUGAAUUUUUUUUUUAGUCUUUGAAAUGAUAAAUUUCUAAUUUGCUGGA